AAGCCGUACCCCUUCUGGCUCGGCGGCGCCAGUGCCUGCUGCGCCGCGACGAUCACACAUCCCCUCGACCUGACCAAGUACCGCCUGCAGACGGCCACCGUCAAGCAGGGCAUGGUCAAGACCAUGGUCGACACCGUCAAGGGCGACGGCAUCACCGCGCUGUGGCACGGCGUCAGCGGCACAUGGCUGCGCCAGGCGAGCUACUCCAUCACGCGCUUCGCCGUGUACGAAAAGACAAAGGAGAGCUUCGUCACGCCCGACAAGCCCAAGCCGACGUCGCUCGAGCUGGCGUUUGCUGCCGGUCUGGGCGGCGGAGUCGCCUCGAUCGUCGGAUGCCCGGCUGAGGUGCGCAUGACCUCGGACCUCAACCGCCCGGUGGCCGAGCGCUACGCCUACCCGGACGCCGUGCGCGGCCUGGUGCAGCUCGUGCGCGCCGAGGGCCUCUCGAAGCUGACGCUGGGCAUGGGCCCCAACGUCGCCAAGGGUGUCUUCCUCAACGUCGGCCAGAUGGCCGGCUACGACUUCUCCAAGGACGUGAUCCAGCGCUCGGGCCUGCUGCCCGACAGCCUCGUCGUGACGGCGGCCACCUUCUGCGCCGGCACUGCGGCCACGACCUUCGCGCAGCCCGUCGACUUCAUCAAGUCGCGCGUGCAGGCGGCCAAGGGCAACACGUCGGCGCUGGCUCUUGUGCGCGAGGCCAUCAAGAAGGACGGCCCGCUCGUCAUGAUGCGCGGCUUUGUGCCGGCGUGGAUCCGCCUGCAGCCGCAGAGCACGCUGCUCUUCUUCUUCUUCGAGUACUUCAAGGGCAUGAUCGACAAGCAGCGC